AAUUGGUUGCGGAACCGACCAUGUCCCAAGGCCGCAUCUUGCCGCUCGAGCUUAUUGACAAAUGCAUCGGCUCUAAGCUCUGGAUCGUCAUGAAGGGCGACAAAGAGUUCCUCGGCACGCUGCGGGGCUUCGACGACUACGUUAACAUGGUGCUGGACGACGUCACGGAGUAUGAGAUUACUCCGGAGGGAAAACGUGAGGUGAAGCUGGACCAAGUUCUUCUCAACGGCAACAACGUGUGUCUGCUUGUGCCUGGAGGAUUCCCGACUACAUCGUAGGUUCUUCGUUAACAGUUUGGACGUUAUCGUGUCAGAAAGCAGCAGCAGUCGAGAUAAAUCGACGGUAGCGUCUACACCUGUUCCACUCCAAGAUAUCAAAUUAUCUCUACCGAAUUAACAGCCAGCGCAACGCAAACGUGCAGCGUAAAUUCCGUGACAUCUCUGCCCCAUUGACACGUUCUACAGUACUAAGUUGCGAAAACCCGACACACACGGCUCCAUUGUUGAUUCGAUGCAUGUUCCUUCCUACUUAGCCGCCACCUCCGUCCCUGUGCUCAUCUUCUAUAAUCUGUGUGCUUACUUCUUGGCCUUCUCGGCGUUGUUGGCCUUGACCGAACGGCGAUUGAGUAGGACGAGAUAGCGGUGCUGCUCCUCCAUCUCAAGAUUGUCGAAGCCUGUGCGCUCCAGUUCGCCCAGCGUUGGCUUGGGGUCCAGCAGCGUGAAGAGCCACUCCGGGUAUUCGGACUUGUCCUUGAGCUCCGGGUGGGCUCCGUCCUUAAAAAUGUUGGUGGGCACCACCGUGGUCAGGUCCACAACUUCUUCCACAGCGGCAGCUCCGCCUUUGCCUUUGGCCGCAAAUGAGCGCGCGCCCGCCAUGAACGGCUUGGUCAGUCUCCGUGUCGUCGCCAGCAUCUUCAGUCGCAUCUGGUUGCUCGUUCACUGUCCACACAGGCUUGAUGGAGAUAUUUUC